CACACGUCCACCACUAAGAGGUAUCGGUGCAGUUAUCGGAAAACUUUCAACACAUACAGAAUUUGCAAGCCGCCGCAGAAAAUUUUACAAUUCGAGAUUUACACAAAUUGUGUAGCAAAAGUGCACCCAACCUACUGCCUCAAGUUAAGAAAGAGAAGCCCCGUUUGCCAGAGGAUUGAAGGCAGCACCAUCCCGAGAAGAGCACCGGAAGAGCCGCCCAUGAGUAGUCACCGAGACGGUACCGGAGCCGAUCGCAUCACAGUCAAAAUCCACAACAUGAAGCGCAGCGCGUCGCGCUCCCCGGGUCCUGCCAGAAGCAGUAUGUCGCGCAACUCGCGUAGCAUGGGCCGGGGCUACGACAACGGGAGUGGUGUCCCUGGCGACUCCCCGGAGCGAAUGUCACCGGAACGCAUGCGACGCCGACUAGACCGUUCGCCCAGUCCACGUGGCCGGUACGGUUCCCCGCACCGGGAGCCCUACAUGCGAGGCCCACCACCGGCCGAGCGACCUGCCGGCUACAAGGUUCUAUGUGUCAGCGCUUUGCCGCCGAAGGCCCCGGACGAGUUCAUCGAGGAGACGCUGUACCGCGAGUACAAGAAGUUCGGUGACUUCAGUGUGCGACUGUCCAACGAUCUGGACGAAAGGGUCGCCUAUGUGUGCUUCCGUACACCCGAGGAUGCUCGAGAGGCUAAGCAUCACAAGCCACGUCUUAUAAUCUACGACAAGAUGGCUAUUGUGGAGCCGGUAUACAAGUCUACGACUAGGCCGGAGUACAGACCCCGUGGCCACUCGAUGUCUCCCCCCGACUAUGAGCGGUACCAUUAUUCACGUUCCCCAAUGGGUCCUGGUGUUCCGCUAGACCACCGUCGGCCGCCGAUCGAUCCGUACGAUCGGUACGGUCCGCCCCACAUGCAUCCACAUGCUGUGCACCCGCGGGACUACCGGCCGAUGCACCACGACUAUCCGCAUCCGCCUCGCGGACCCCCGCUUCAUCGUGGUCAUCCCCAUCACCUCGGCCAUGGCCACGCGCCACCCCAUUCGUACGCUCCAAUGAGACCACUGGCACCACGCCCACAUGCGCCAUAUGAGAAGCCAGAGAGCAAGAAGGACAAGUUCCCGAACUAUCUGCACCACGUGCAGCCCGAGGAUGACCCACUCUCAACACGCACCCUCUUCGCUGGUAAUCUUGAGGUGACUAUAGCCGACGACGAGUUGCGCCGCAUUUUCGGCAAGUACGGUGUUGUGGAUGAUAUCGAUAUCAAGCGACCGCCACCUGGAACAGGCAAUGCGUUUGCAUUCGUACGGUACCAGAAUCUAGACAUGGCUCACCGGGCUAAGAUCGAGUUGUCCGGCCAGUACAUCGGCAAGUUCCAGUGCAAGAUUGGCUACGGCAAGGUGACUCCAGCCACUCGCAUGUGGAUCGGUGGCUUAGGAGCCUGGACCUCUGUCACCCAGCUGGAGCGAGAAUUCGACCGCUUUGGUGCCAUCAAGAAGAUUGAGUACCAGAAGGGAGAGCCGUACGCCUAUAUUCAGUAUGAAACCGUGGAAGCGGCCACCUCGGCGGUGAAAGAGAUGCGAGGAUUCCCGCUAGGUGGACCAGAGCGACGUCUACGCACAGAUUUUGCAGAGCUGCCGGGAACAACACCGGUUUCACAGUUCAAGAGCUCCAAGCCGCCGUAUGACGAAAGUGCUCUGGAGUAUCGCCGCCCGGAAUACGACCCAUAUUAUGAGGAAUCUACUUCGUAUGCGCCGCGAGGUGGAUACUCUCCAUAUCCACCAAGAGGUGGCUACCGCGGUCGUGGUGGCUAUCGUGGAAGGGGACGAGGCAUGUACCAUUAUCACAACGAUGUGCACAGACCGCCACAUCCCGGUUCCUUGAGUGGGUCGUCUUCGUCGGUGCCCCCACCAGGAGGAGCGGAUGACGAGUGGCGGCGUCCUCCCGGUGAAUCCUAUGACAGGGGAGCCCGCUCUACCUCCCGAGAGCCUGGUGUAGAACGGUCACGAUCCAGAUCACCCCUGAAGCGAGCUCGCUCGCCCGGCUCGGACUCUGACACUUCGACUCGUCGCAAUGAUGCCCUUGGAUCGGCCAGCACAGUGCCGGAAGUGGCGCGCAAAUGUAGCACAGUGUGGACCGGUGCUCUGAUCCUCAAGAGCUCCCUUUUCCCGGCCAAAUUCCAUUUAACUGACGGCGACACAGAUAUUGUGGAGUCUCUGAUGCGGGACGAGGAGGGCAAGCACAAUUUGCGCAUCACUCAGCGCCUGCGUCUGGAUCCUCCAAAGUUGGAUGAUGUGCAGAAGCGAAUUGCAUCUUCAUCUUCGCAUGCCAUCUUCAUGGGCCUGGCCGGGUCCACGGUGGACACCAAUUGCGACGACGCCAGCGUUCAGACACGACCGCUGAGGAAUUUGGUCUCUUACCUCAAGCAGAAGGAGGCGGCUGGCGUCAUCUCGCUGCUAAAUAAAGAGACGGAGGCCACCGGCGUCCUGUACGCCUUUCCGCCCUGUGACUUCUCCACUGAGCUGCUGAAGCGCACAUGCCACAGCCUGACGGAAGAGGGGCUUAAGGAGGACCACCUGGUUAUUGUGGUAGUGCGCGGCGGAACGGCCUAAGGUGGUCGAUGACGAAAGGCAAGUGCUGGACAAACUGGAGGUAACGACUAGCCGCAGUGCUUAUGGGAAGCCUCCGCCACACCUAAAUAUAUAGCCUAGAAAACUUAGUCGUAUCUUAGAUGCUCCUCUCAAGGCGAGGCGGAUGCAGUGGAGGACUCGUACGCGCUAGGGCCGUGUAUGUGUCCGUCCUCCGCACAACCGCUUGCACACGCACACACACCACACACUCACAACAUACACAUAUGAUGCACAAAGAGACACAAGCAGAGCCGAGGAGACAUCAUCCACACACCUCAUGAUCCCUGACCCCUUAUUAAUUAAUCAUUGAUUACCGUUCUUUUUGCAGACAGGAUCUCUCUUUAUGGUUUUUAUUGCAAGUUCUCGAUGUGUUUAGUGACAGUGAAGUUUAUAUAUAUUUUUAUAAACAUACUUUAUUUUAUAAAUGUGCUAAAAAGUUUCCUACAAGAACAAGUUUUUGAUUAUGCAUCAAAUGUAAUACUUUAUCCAAAUUUUAACCAUGUCAAAGUGUACAUCCGAGGAUGAUGAAAGUAAAAGCUAAAACAAAAAGUUCUCUCAUAAGACCCCAUCCAAGUGUCCGAUCCCGAUGUAACCAGUGCGAAAUGAUUUUGAUGAAACGAAACUAAACAGUUUUUGUGUUGCUUUAAAUUGAUUUAAUAUUUUGA